GGAAAGUGUUGAGAAUCUGAUCCACAAGCACUCAUACGCCCGGUCCCCAAUCAGAACCUACGCCGGAGACGAGGAGAAUCUGAGUGAGGACGGACAUGUCGGACACUCCAGAGGCUCAGCCUUCACUGCAUCCGACAACCUCUCCCUCAGCUCCUGGGUCACCACCACCUCAGGAUUCUCUGGCUUCCAACACCCACAGACCCUGUCGGCCAUGGGCACCGGCACCACCUCCUUACCCCACCCCAUUCAGGGCUCCCUCCCUCCUUACAGCCGGCUAGGCAUGCCGCUCACACCCACCGCUCUGGCUGGAACCAUGCAGGGCAGCGGGCCGUCCUUCCCAUCUUUCCACAUGCCCCGAUACCACCACUACUUCCAGCAGGGACCAUACGCUGCCAUCCAGGGACUCCGCCACUCCUCCACAGUCAUGACACCCUUCGUAUGA